GGGGAACAACUAAUUAGGGCGGGCCUGGCAUGGGAUUGUGUGGAGCCAGCAAGCUGACUAUGUGAAAAAAUCGGGGAUUUCCUUCUUUGUUUCAUCUCUCUGAAUUCUGAGGUGCAAAAUUAUUUCAAUUCUUCAUUACGCAAAUGGCCUCUCUGUUCACAAAAUGGCCGCCGGCGGUGGCAAGAAGCGGAGAUGGUGUGUAUGUAGCGGCUGUGCCCUUAAGAGCCACAAAAGGCCCUGCCCAACUGCUUGCUUCUGCUGCUUACUCUUUCAACAUCUGGGAUUUGCAGCAUUUCAUGGUUAUCAUCGCACCCUCGUCCUCAUCUUCUCGCUCUCAGCGCAUUGUCAAUCUACCUCUUCUUAUCACGAGCAAUGAACUGAACCAAUUUCUGCACUGUAACAGAUUGUGUGAUUUGGUGUUAGGAGUUGUUCGUGAGAGGAAGUUGUCAAGGCUGCCAAAAACCAAAUGUUCAUACGUCGGAUAUUCGAAUGCGAAUGCCGUUGAAGUAGCAAGUAAGUUUAACGGAAGUUGGGAUACUAAUUUGAGGAUAGGACAUCAUGACUGCAGAGAUUAUACAAAUGGCUUGGUUGAGGCUCUGGUUGGUGAAGAAAAUGUGUUGGAGCGCCUAAGGCAGAAUUCUUUAAGCAUUUAAUGAUGUAGAAUUCAUGAAUCUAUCAGUUUAAUGUCACUUGUUAUUUUUCUUUGAAUUUCUAGUAAUUUUAUAUUCUACCAUUCGUUUGUUU